UUGAAUGGAGAGCAACAAAACACUCUCAACUGCAUUUUAGAGAGCAUAGUCCAGAACAGAAACAACUUCUUCUUCAUUGAAGGAUGUCCAGGUCAAGGGAAAACAUUUUUGGUGAAAGCACUUUGCACAAUAUUAUGCACCCAAGAACAAAUUGUUCUUAUUGUUGGAAGCAAUGUGUUAUGUGCCACUGCAUACAAUCAUGGACACACAGCACACCACAUGUUUGGCAUCCCAGUA